AUGUCAGUCACCAGCACCCCCACCAAAGGCACUAAAGCCGGAGGCUGGACAGAUCGCGAGCUCCUCGUCUACCUCUUCGGCCUCGUCGAAUACUCUCAAGUUAAACUGGACAUCAAGAACGCUCCCCGCCCCAACGGCCGUACAGUCCGUGCCUGCGAACAGAAGAUUCAGGGCCUAAAGAGCCAUCUCAAGGUUGAUCUGGAAGCUCUUCGUUCGGGCGCACCUGUCAGCGCUGGAGACGGCACGCCCGUGGCCAAGAAGGGGCGCAAGCGCAAAGGUGAUGAUGAUGGCGAUGUCCAAGGUACGCCCACGAAGCGUGGUCGGACAAAGAAGAUGGAUGCCGAGACUGAAAUCGAUGAGGAUGAUGAGGAGACUAUUGAUGUCAAGGUCAAGAGUGAGAUCAAGGACGAGGUCGACAUUCUUGAGGAGGAGGUCUGA